CGACAAUCUGCGGACGACGACGACGACCAUGGCGCCGAUUCUCAGAUCCACUUCCCUAAUCGCUUUGCUCGUCUUUCAGAUUUCCCUCUUCUUCUUUGUCUCUACUCUUCCAAUCUCAUCUGGGAGUGAGGAUAGUUACACGAUCACGGGUCGUGUAAGGAUCCCAGCAAGCACUGCGAUUGGUCACGCAGCAAAAUUCUCAAAUAUCAAAGUUGUCCUCAAUGGUGGACAGAACAUUACUUUCCUCAGGCCGGAUGGAUACUUUACAUUCCACAAAGUGCCAGCUGGGACUCAUCUGAUUGAAGUUUAUGCGUUAGGCUUCUUCUUCUCUCCAGUGCGUGUUGAUGUUAGCGCACGGCACCAUGGCAAGGUUCAAGCAACGCUAACAGAAACCAGGAGGAGUCUUACUGAGCUGGUUUUGGAGCCACUGAGGGCGGACCAAUACUAUGAGAUGCGUGAACCUUUCAAUGUAAUGGCAAUCUUGAAAAGUCCAAUGGGUCUGAUGGUGGGAUUCAUGGUGGUUGUUGUGUUCUUAAUGCCCAAGUUGAUGGAAAACAUUGAUCCAGAGGAAAUGAAGAGAACACAAGAGGAGCUUAGAAACCAAGGAGUGCCUUCACUUUCUAGCUUGUUGCCUGCUAGCCGAUAAGAGCUCCUAAUCAAGAGUCCAAGGCCCAGAACUUCUUGCAUGUACCGGCUAAACACUUCUGACGAGCCUUUGGAAGAAAUCAGGGUCAGAAGAUUCCUUAAGCGAUCAACUUUAGGUUGCCAAUGAUUGUGUUUUGUUAGUGCAGUAUUUGGUUUGGACUGUUGUUAUAUGUGCAGAGACUCAUGGCAAGCUGACCUUAAAAUUUGCUUUUUGCUUACCCUUUCUUGUUAAACGUUUUGCUUCUCUUUUACCUUUUUUGGGUUUGGAAUGUUUCAAGUGAGUCUAUGGCAUUCUACUUAUUCAGAUCAUAAGUAUUAAAGUAUGUAUGUAUAAGAACUGAAUACAGACCGUAUGAAUUGAAGAGAGAAGCUUGUAAUAAAUUUACGUUUCUAC